AUGCCGGCCCGCGGCGGCGCUGCCGACGCCGACGAGGCACCGCCGGAGGAGUCGGCCGACGCACCGGAGCCGACGAGCUCGGCGGCAGCGGCGGCGGACGAGGUGCGGCCCGAGUCUGCGCUCUCAUCGCGACCACCGUCGGUCCACUCGGAGGAGGCCGUGUCGGUGGUCGGCUCGGAGCGCACCGCCAGCCCCGAGGUGCCCGAGGACCUGUCAUCGCCCGAGGGCAUGCACGGGCCGCCGCCGCCGCCGGAGGAGGAGGAGAAGCAGACGAGCGCUGCGGUGGAGCAGGAGAUGGUAGACACAGCGGAACUGGGGAGCGAGCCGGCGACCGGGCGGGAGACGGUGUCGGCGGACGCGGGCGAGACCCCGGAGCCGGAGCCGGAACCAGAGCCGAAGUUUGAGGCCAAGCAUGAGCCUGAGCCGGCACGGAAGCCAAAACCGGAGUCUGAGCCGGAGUGCAAGCCUGAACCGGAGCCGGCACAGGAAGCGGCGCCAGCGUCGGCACCGGAGCUGGAGCCGGAGCCGGAGCCAGAGCCAGAGCCAGAGCCGGAGCCAGAAUCGACGGGCACGCCAGGGUCGCAGUCUGAGCGCGUGCUCGCUCCUCUCGUUACAGAACGGACUGGACGCUCCCCGAAGCGACGCAAGCCGCCAGAGAGGAGGCGGCCGGUGGUGACGACCGAGCAGCCUAGAGUGCCCCCGACGCGGGCGCAGCUGCUGCUCAUUGAGAAGAAGAAGAAGGAGCAAGAGGAGUACCGCAAGUGGGAGGAGAGGGAGCGUUCCCUCUCGCGCCGGCGCAGAGAAGCCGACUUACCCAACGGCGUUGAUGAUGGUAGGGGACCGAGCCAUCACGGGUCGCCAACAAAAGGACGGAUGUCUUCUAGACUUCUUGAAAACAGUUCUGCUUCAGAUAAACCCAAAAAGCUGCCGAUGAACAAGGUGCAGGUGGGCACGGCUGCCUCGCCCAACAUCAGGGACGUCAAGUCACGCAUCGGCUCACUGGUCAACUCGGGCUACAGGCCCGGCGGCGGCAACGUCAAGAUCGAAAACCGCAAGCUGGACCACAGCAAGGUGACGCCCAGGAUCCAGGCCAAGGCGGACUACAAGCCAGGCGGCGGCAAUAAAAAGAUCGUGCUGCAGAAGCUCGAGUGGAAGGGACAGUCGAAGAUCGGCUCGCUGGCCAAUGCCAAGCACAAAGCCGGAGGCGGCAACGUGCAGGUGGAGACCCAGCGGCUCGACUUCCGGCAGCGGGCCUCGUCCAAGAUCGGCUCGCGGGACAACAUCCACCACAAGCCCGGCGGCGGGGACGUGAAGGUGGAGAGCCGCCGCCUGCACUUGCUGACAGUCGGCAGCAAGGUGGGCUCGAUGGAGAACGUGGGACACCGACCGGGCGGCGGCGGCCGGCGCAUCUUCGAGGACGCGGCGUACAUGCGCCAGAUGCGCUCGCUCUCGGCUGAGGGGCGUGUGCGUCACCUGUCGCUGGCCUCCAGGUCGCCGGCCAGCUCCGUCGGCAGCGUCGCAGAACCCAGCCCAGGGCCGCCCAGCCCGGCCCGGUCCGGCGCCCGCUCCACGUCCCGCUCCAGGAAAUCGCCAGCUCGCGGAGAAAAGUCGCCAGCACCAGCCAGAAGAACCCCAGCACCGGGCGCGAAGUCCCUAGCACCGCCUGACAGGAAGUCUCCAGCACCGGCUGGUGGAAGGUCGCCAGCUAAUGGAGGGAAGUCACCUGGGCCGACGAGAAGAUCUCCAGUGCCGGGAGGAAAGUCUCCAACCCGCGAGAGAAAGUCUCCAACUGCCGCGGACGGCUCAGCACUUUCUCCCUCCCCAGAUCCAGGCAACAAGUCCCAAGCUGUUAGGAGCUAGCCAGAGAGCAUUGGGGCCACUGGAGACCGGGCACCGUCCGGGCAGCUCGCCAUAGAUCGCUGGCAAAUGCCGCGCCGCUGCUCCUUUCGAAACGUCACCCGUCCAGUGGGGCUCGCUCGGCUGGGGUGAGACGUCCCGUCAUCUUUUCUUCUCGUGCCGGGCCUCGCAUGUGAUACAGAACUACUGACCGGAGCGUCGGAUCGGUCACAUGGAGAACGCUAUGUGACCAGCGGGUUCUCGGUCGGAGAUGGCGGGAACGCGGAGCCAGUGUCGCAGCAGCGAAACUCAGUCAGCUGUGCUUACGGCGGACACUCGGUGAAGGCUGGCUCACGUGUCCAAUCGCAUAAUCUUCGUGUCUGGACUAUUUUAGAUCACGUUGAAAGCUUAUUUGCAAUGUAUUACUGAGUCAUUCCUGAUACACCCCACCGCGUGGAAUCGGUUAUAGAUCGCCUAUGGUGAUCCGCUCAAAGAAAGGCUCCACAAAAUUGUUUCGAAAGCUCACUUUGCGUGAACCGUACAUAGCAAGACAGGGGCCAGGGGAUUCCCCGUCUUAGGUUCGGAUUUUUUGAAUUUUUCACCACAGAUUUCUCCCGUUAGAAAGCUCGAAGCCGGCGUGACUGGUUCUCAUUGAGCUCCGUCUGUCACUUAUCUCUUAAGAAAUCCGGACCACGCUGCUGGUACACAGUGUUUGGGUUCUCAUGCUACGUGUGAAAGCCGAUAAAUCAUGCCACUGUAAGCAUAACCUAUGUGACGCUGGAACCAUCGCCAAGUUUCACAUCAGGUGACUAUCAGGAAAUCGCACAUUCGUUUGGGAGCUGGCUUGAUGCUUCCCGCAAAUGUUUCGGUCCACUGACGAUAACAUACAACGGAUGAACAUUUGCGGUGGUCAGGAUGUUCUUCGAUCAUUGUUUUGCAUUGAAUGUUCCUUUGCGGGGUACCUGCGCUUGUAAAAAAGUGACACAGCCGUUGCCAUAAUGUGCGGCGACAGACUAAUACAGAUACAGACUCCGAGACAGGCUGGUACAACUUCGACGAUUUACCAGCUGUGUGAUUAUUACAUUUUGCAAGGUGCAUCUAAUGCUGAUUCAGUUUAAUAGCGCAUUAAGAUGUUUGCUUAGCUCCAAAUGUUUCGUAGGUAGAACAGGCUACGUGGUUCACCGGAGGUGUGCGUUAGUUUCAUGAUACUGAUGCUGGGAUACAUAUUUCAUUUGGUCUUCAAACUCUUGACCGCGAGAAUCUUGCAUGUGAUAACUGUGCGGAUGAAUUGCUAGUUCUUCAACCAUGUGUUUAAUAAACGGAUGUGUUGCUCA